AUGACCCCAGCCAGAUCUUCGCUCAAGAAGCUUUACAUCGAGUCUAUCCCUCGCAACAUCACGCCGUACCAAUUCCCGGCCCUCGCGUCCAUCGGUCGUCCAGCGGUCGAAUUACCAAACGAGACUUUCGGUAAGCAAAACUACUACAUAUCCAAGACCAAGUUCGGUCAUUGGCCCGUCUACCUCAAGAUUCAAAACACCAAGAUCACCACGGAAAUUAAGAAGUUACAAGGGGACGUUCACCAGUUCAAGGCUGAUUUGUUGAAAGCCAUUCCCGGUUUGGACGAAGGUCACGUUACCGUGAACUCACAUGCAGGAUACGUCAAUGUUAAGGGUGACCUUGUCCAAUUGAUCAAGCAAGUUUUCAAUGAAAAGAUAAAAUGA